AUGACAAAGGCGAUUACUUACCUCUCGUGGAGAGAUCCAGCUCAGCGUAGCACCGAGGUGGAUUGGUUGACCGCGAGAAACUUCUGCCGACAGCGCUGCAUGGACCUCGUCUCCUUGGAGACCAGCGAUGAAAACGAAUGGGUUAAGGCCCGCAUCGUACAAGAUAAGGUGAAAUAUAUCUGGACGUCUGGUCGUCUCUGCGACUUCAAGGGCUGCAACCGUCCAGAUUUACUUCCCAACGAAAUUAACGGAUGGUUCUGGACUGCUGAGCUCCAAAAACUCGCGCCAACUACGAACCGUCAGCAAAACGACUGGUCCGAGGGCGGCGGCAUCGGGAAACCACAGCCAGAUAACAGAGAGCUAAUACAGGGUGGCGCAGCUGAACACUGCAUUGCGAUCCUGAACAACUUCUACAACGACGGCAUCCACUGGCACGACGUUGCCUGCCAUCACGUCAAACCAUUUGUGUGCGAAGAGAACGAUGCUCUCCUAAAAUAUGUCCGAUACACAAACCCCAAUUUAAGAGUCUAA